UUAACAUUUUUCCAUCUCUCAAUGGGGAAGUUUGUUCGUUUACUAGGCUUCCUGUAAUCCUGUAAUGUACUUGUAGGUUAACGUUGAAUUUGCAUGUUUUGGAAUUUCACAUAAAACGCACGUUUACAGUUUCGUUUUAGAUUUAGAAAGCAAUUCUACUAUAUAAAACAGCACACAACUUAAAUAUUUUGGAUACUGUAACCGCUUUAAAUAUUGAAAUCAAUGACAUUUGUAACAGGGUCUAACACCGAUCUAUUUUGAUAGGCGAACAGAAGUGAAAUAUAAUGUACUGGCUGCUGAAUCAACUGUGAAAAAAAUGGGUCCAUUGCAACGUUUCAUUAGUUUUGCAAAGGUCAUGUCAGUGUUUCCAUCGACGUUGCAUUUUGCCGUGGGACUGACCUCUAUGUUAUGCUCCGCUUUGUCAUCUUGGUCAUUCAUCAAACAAGUCGGCAUUGUGGAAGAGAUGAGGAAUUUAUUUUUUAGUUUAUUUCGGCUUCAGCUAUUUGCUAUUUAUGUGGUCAUUGCCAUUUUUAUAUUUAAGUGGGCAACAGAAUUAGAUAGAAUAUUUGGUGCCAAGACGAAUGUCUUUAUUCUGCAGCGAAAAAGUUUCAAAAAGUUUUGCAACCGCGAUUCUUGUUAUAUCAUGGCAAAACUAGUCGGUGUUUCUGCAAGAAAUACGUGGCCGUACCUCAAGUUCGCAGCACAUUUGGAAUCUAUAAUUGCACUUAUGGCAUGGUGUAUAUGUAGUUACAGGUAUUUUCCAAUAAGUAUGAGUUUGGACGAUUUGCCGGUGAUGCUUGCUGAAAACUUCUCGGUCCACAUUUCAGUUGGCAUUUGUUUUCUGGAUAGCUUCGAUUAUUACCAAAAUUUUUUUAGCACCAUUCUCAUAAAAGGGAAAUCAAUUCUCGUUCUCACAAGGAAUUUUCAAAGGGUUACCCUUAGCAGAAUUCCAUUCAAACUAUUUUGUUUUCUGCAAGAAUUUUAUUUUUACCGACCAUUCUUCGACCCAAUUUUCAUAAAAAGAAAAAUUCGACACCUUGUCAGGUUUCAUAGAAAAAAGAAAGCUAGUCGCAAAGGUAAAAAGAGGAGAGGUGCUGUAAAUCGUAACGAUGGCAAAGCAAUGUUGGUCAACAAAGUCAAACCUGAUGUAGCAAAGUUACCAAGGCAGCCUCCAAAAAAAGUGCCCGGUAAAACCACUGGAAUAGGCCCAAAUUCGCAGAUAGAAAGGUCUAAAUUUGAUAAAAACAAAAACAGUUCUGGUGAAACAAACAUGUCCACCGUUUUAACGAACAGUAGUGCCCCUGUGUUAAAAUACCCAAUUAUGGAAAGCUGUGUUCCUGAAAUUCAAGAGGACGAAAACUCAGAGGCUUCCCCUCAUGUGGAAACUCCACCAUACGUCUACCCCAGAUUAGGCUUACAAGUUACGGGAAAUCGGAGGACCAGAACAUGCUCAGAGACGAGUACCGCAUCUUCCACAGAGAGUGCUUAUAGCAUCACUUCGGAAGGCCAAUAUCGAGGAAUUACUCUGAUCAUUAACAAUUGCCGUUAUUUCCCAGCGACAAAAAUGCACAAUCGUUACGGCACAAUGAAGGAUGAAAAGCACAUAGAAGACGUGUUCAGUAAACUAAAAUAUAAGGUCAUCAAGUUCAGAGACUAUACUUGUUCUGACCUGAAACAUCGUUUGAGACAGUUGGGGUCUAAAAUGGAAGCUCAUUACGACUCCUUUGUUUGCUUCGUGCUUUCGCACGGGGAAGACGGUUAUUUUUACACAGUGGACGGAGAGCGUAUUUUUUUGGCUGAUUUAAUAUCGUACUUCUAUUCGAAGAAUUGUCCACAGCUUGAAAAUAAACCAAGGUUAUUCGUCUCACAAAUGUGUCUAGGUGGCGCAGAACUUAAUGAUGGUGGGAGUGCCGAUAACACGGGAAAGGAAGCCGUUUCCAAAAGAACUAAAUGUAGAAGUGCUAUCAUGAAAGAUGCCGAAGGCGAAAAGGACUGUAAAAAAUCAUUAAGCACAGUCCCCGCCGCCCAAGAAGCAGAUUUCUUGCUGGCGUUUGCAACUUUGCCGGGAUGUGCAGCAAAAAGAUAUGCAGCUACAGGGUCCCCAUUCAUUAAAACGUUUUUAGGUUGUGUAAAAAAGUACUACAACCGUAAAGGUAGAACACGCAAAUGUGUUACAGACAUCCUGAAGUUAACUGGAAAAAGGCUAAAAAAGAAAGAGAACCAAGUACACUGCUCUUUUUUGAGCAUUAACAAAGCAUUUUAUCUCACAAUUCCUGCAAUGAAUUAACAUAUAUAAUGAUAUAUCAGAAUUUCCGAAACAUCUAGAAAAAUAUUAGAGUGUUUUGUCCCCAAUGUUCUUUAAAAUAAGAACCUUGCUUUGGCCACGCUUUUUAAUGACUGUUUAUUUAUUGUAUUUAUCUGACUGAUAAUGUGCGUUGUAACAAAGGAAAAUCCAUAAACGAUAUGGUAUGCACAAAGUCCUCUUUCAUAGUGCAGAUCAAAUUUACAGUAUAUAAGAAUCCUCUGGUAAAAGAAGUAAUGGCUAAGCUGGAACGUGCACGUGCUGCAUCCAUGUUUUUCUUACUUUUUUUGGAGGGGGUUGAAGAGAAAUCUUUUACGAAUUAGUAGUGAGUGAUAUUUGACUUAUAUGAUUUUUGUUUAUUUAUUGCCUGGUAAAGAGAAGUUAAAGAGGUUAAAUUUCAAUACAUUGAAUAAAAUGCUUCAAGUAAAUGCCCUGAGUGUCAGGGACACUGUGAAGUUAUUUUGUUAACUAUUCAAACCUUUUCACGGGAUGGCUUCACAGUACUGCUGAAGAACAGUGACAAUAUUGCGUAUCCGUCAAUCAAAAAGAACUGCUCCGCGGUGAAUCUACAGUUGUAUGUCAUUAGUCCGAAAUGAAACGUAAAACAAAUUUAAUUUUGCUUUAUUUAAUUUUAUUUACUGUAUAUAAGA